GCAUUUUUACACUUGCAUGAAACUCAUCGAAUCACACGGGAUGAAUUGCUAGAGUUGACAGCAGUUAUCCGUCUCAACUAGAGACCCUGCUUAUCACGCCAAUCCUCGGGUUCUGCAAGUACGUCGUGCAAUUCUGCUCGUCGCCAAUCGAAUGAGUGUCACAAACGCUGUUCAAACCAAAUAGGGUAUUGUUCGGAUUGUGUAGAGGUAGCAGAUGCUUAGGACCGCUGUUCCUUCCCAGAUACCUAAGCGCUAUGUUGCCGCUCCAUGCUUUCAUCUAUCUAGAGGAAAUUAUGCAGGCAAUGUGAGCGAGCGCACAAAAUCCUUCCCUUCCACCGCCUCUUCCACCGCCCCCUCUCCUGCCCCCACACUGUCGCAACACUGAGCCAUUCGGAGAAGGGAUUGAAGAUACGCUUUUGGGAGAGGAUAUUCGAGACAUGAAACAAAGCUGGGUCUUGAAAGGUGGUUACCGCUGUGCGGCGCAGUAGACGUGUAGAAGGUGCAGCAGAAGCGAGAUGCACCUUUAGUAUUUACACUUUCAUUGACACGAUUCCAUCCCUUUUAAAGUUACCUUUGACUUUUGUUGUUCCUGACUCUCUCAUACAAUCUAAAGGUCAAGAUAUCUGAAGACAUUUCACUUUGUAUAUCAAACACUACGACCAGCUAUGGCUGCUUUUCGAGAUAUUGCUGUCUGGGCACAAACCCUUGCAGAAAUUGCUGCUGCCCCCAAUCAAGCCACGAGAAAUGGUCCUCCAAUCGCGCAAGCACUUUCUUCUCUUCAAAAAAUUGGAUUUCAAGACCUCGGCGGUGCUGUAGAGGCUUUCAGAAAACACGGUACCACACUCAAAGAUUCGAUUGAAGCAACCUAUGCGCAUAUGCCCCCAGAAGUUCGGAAUAAAGUUGAGAUGGUGCAAGGUCGCCUUGUGAAUGCAAUUUCCUCCCCGGGGGUUAUGGAGUUCCUGAAACGUGUCGCCGAGUGGACUAUGGGUGUUGAUGACGCUUUCAAGAAACGCGAUAUUACACUCAAAGAAACUGCAAGAACAACCUAUAGACAGCUACCCCAUGAAUUUCGUGAUGAGGUCGAGAAGGCGCAUUCUAAAGUCUAUCAGAUCGAAUGGAACAAACUAGCAGUAGACAUACAAAAUUGGAUUAAGGCACAUCCAUAUCAAACAGCAUUUUAUGUCAUGAAUGGAAUCGUAUUCUUUGCUCCAGCUGCAUCAAGUGGUCCGGUUCUAUGGACUUUAGGAUUCUCGGAUAAAGGCCCAAAAGCUGCUUCCUUUGCAUCGAUGUUACAGAGAAAAUUUGGCACGGUCGGCGCCAAGGGCAUUUUUGCUCAUACUCAAAGUGCUGCCAUGGGAGGUUAUGGAGUUACUGCUGUAGAUAUGGUAACAAGACUUGGCGUUGCUGCAAGUAGUCUUCUUGGUGGGAUGUGGGGAUCGCGGAAGUCCGGUAGGAGUUUUUUUGCGAAGCUCUGAGUUUCGUACUCUCAUGGGUUUUGAUCAAGAGCCAACGAAUUUCUCCUUGAAGCCGACAGAAUCAUUAGUACCAAAUUUUUAAUACCAUAUUGCUAUUUAGCCACUACAAGGUUUAGCAUCCAAUUUCUUGCUCUUCUUACCUUUUCUUCGUCCCUUAAAAUAACUGUCAAGACGUCAUCUGUCUUAACCACCAUAAACGACUCAGAAUUUUCAAAAUCGACAGACAACAAUCAAUCCAAGUUAGAAGUUGAAUGAAUACAUGAAGGGGUUUCAAUGUAUGAUAUGUAUCCUAUGUCA